ACAUUAACCAGCUGGCAAUGGAACAAGAUAGGCAGGCGGGCUGCACCUUUUUCUUAGCCAUAUCAUCUCCUGCGAAUACAGUACCGUUAGCCAGCUGUGUUUCUUAGUAAAAUAGCGUGUCAAUACAUUGCCAUUCAAUGUUCUAUCUACAAGGAGCUUGCACAUUAUAACAUAUGUGUGAACUAGACUGUGAACCCGGCCAGAGUAGCAGCAGGAUGGGAGAGCUGGCGUAGUCGUGUUGAAGCUGAGGCCUUGCUCUCACCCUCCUGCUACAUUUAGACCUUCUCCUCGGCUUUUCAGAAGGCCACGACACCCACCCUUGAAAGGGGCGGAGGGCGGAGAGGGGCAUUUUGGGACACACCCAUGCUCUUACUUUGUGUAAAGAAGACCGCCAACAUGUCAUUUCUUUCACACCAACUGAAUUGACUGGAGGUGAAAAAGAGAGAAACCGGAAAAAUGUUCAGACAGGCAGAUACGUCAUCCAAGAGACGUCAUGGGGGCGGGCUGCCCUUGUCCCCGCCUCCCCCUCCCCAGGGUCGAAUCCGUGGUGUGGAGGUGGCGCGGGGAAGGACGGGGUACGGCUUUACCCUGUCAGGCCAGGGCCCCUGUGUCCUGAGCUGCAUUCUGAAAGGAAGCCCCGCUGACUACAUGGGCCUGCGCUCUGGCGACCACAUCCUGUCCGUCAAUGACAUCAACGUCUCCAAGGCGUCCCACGAAGACGUGGUCAAGCUCAUCGGCCGUUGCACUGGCAUCCUUCACCUGGUGAUCGCUGAGGGGGAGCGUCACCGCGGUGGCCGUCACCAUGGCAGCCGACGAGGUGCCGGGGGCGGGGCGGGCGCUCACGUGGACUCGUGCUCCAGCGACGAGGAGCUGGGCAGUUUCCAUGACAACGGUGGCAGCGGCGCCAACAACAACAGCCACCAACACAAAGGAGGAUCCAGGGGAGGCUGGUUCAAGCCCAAACUGGACCACAAGGCCCUGGGCAUCAACAGGGCUGAAAGGGUAGUGGCAGAGAUGCAGUCAGGAGGGAUAUUCAGCAUGAUCUUUGAAAACUCUAGCCAUUCUUCCAGCAGCUCUGAGAAAGAGCGAGUCAUCGCCCCCGGGCCUUCCUCCUCCUCCUCCUCCUCCUCCAAGCCUCGUCCACUCUCCGAACCUGAGUUCCCCCCCUACCGGAACUCCCACCCCCACUCCCGCAGCAACCCUAACCUCCUGUCGGAGGAGGAGAUGGCCAGGGUGCUCAACGAUGACUCUGUCUUUCUGGACUCCUACCAGCACCCCCUCCACCACCACCAGGAGGACCAGGAGCUGGAGGUGGGAGUCGGGGAUGACUUUGCUCUAGAGCCCAGCGAAGGCAUCCUGAACGUGGGCAUGAUGGUGGGGUACCUGGGCUCCAUUGAGCUGGCCUCCACGGGAGCCAGUCUGGAGAGCGACAGCCUGCAGGCCAUCAGGGGCAGCAUGAGGCGGCUCCGUGCCGAGCAGAAGAUCCACUCCCUGGUGCUCAUGAAGGUGAUGCAUGACUGUGUGCGCCUGGUCAGUGACAGGGGUCAGGUCCUGGCCACCUAUCCUGCCGAGAAACUCGCCUUUAGCGCCUGUUGCCCCGACGACCGCCGCUUCUUCGGGCUGGUCACCAUGCAGGCCACGGACGACCACGAGGACUGUCGCUACGGCAACGGGCAAGAGGAAGAGGGUGGUCUGAGGACCUCCUGUCAUGUUUUCAUUGUGGAUCCCGAUCUGUGUCACCACCAGGUGCAUGCUGGUGUAGCGAGGCGGUUCAGGUUUGAGUGUACCCCGGACCCAGACACCGGGGGCUGUCUGGAGUUCCCCCCCACCUCCCAGCCUCUGCUCCAGUUCGUCUCGGUCCUGUACCGGGACAUGGGGGAGAACAUCGAGGGGGUGCGGGCUCGGGCCUUUGUGGAUCCGGACAACGACGCCCAGCAGAACCACAGCACCAGCAGCAACAGCGACAGCGGCAUCGGCAACUUUCUGCCUGAGGAUAAGAGCAACAGGGUUCUAUUGGUAGAUCUGGGAGGCAACGCCCACAGCCCGGGCGUACGUCACUGGGACAGCCCCCCUCCCUCCUCGCAGGCCUGGGGCCCCGCCCACCAGGGUGGCGGCCCCUCCCUCCCCCCGCCCCCUCCGCCCUUGAUCCGAAACGGCUACCGCCACGACCUCCACCUGGCCGACCUCCCCCACCCUCACCCCCUGCCCCACCCCAACCCUCACCCGGAGCCCUCCGGCAGACACCCCCCUCGGGGAGGGCACCCCCACCACUACCCCCCAGGGAAGAGAGGGGGAGCAGGAGGAGAGAAGAGAGGAGGAGGGGAGGCUUCCUCACAGAGGUGGCUGCCCGUCCACGUGUUGAGAGACUGGCGUCAUCAUCCAGGGGGAGGAGGAGGAGGCCUGGGCCCGGGACUGAGCAGCGACCAGGAGUCCUACGCUGAGUCCACAGACGGCUGGUCCUCAGCGAACUGCAGCACCCUUCCGCCACCCAUGAACAAGAUCCCUGCCGACCGCUACCGUGCUCCGCUGCCCGGGGGAGACCUGGCCCAGCCACACAGGCUCACUGCACAGAAGGACGAGUGGGCCAAGAAGCUGUUUGGGGCCGGGGCCGGGGGUGAGAAAGGAGCUAGGAGUCAAAACAAUGGGAAGAAAAGAGGGAGCACGAAAGAUGGAGACAAAAAGGGCGGUCGUUUCCGGGGUCUGACCAUGGGCUUCCCCCCCCUCCCCCAACGCUCCUCCGGGCGCCGUUCCUUCGGACGCUCCAAACGCCUCAGCCUGGCACGCUCACUGGACGACCUGGAGUCUGCCGCAGUCUCAGAUGGAGAGCUCAACAGCGUGGACCUCAAGGGUUGCGGCAGUGCCAACAGCCUGAACAGUAACGCCAGCCUGCCCAGUGUCCAGUGCCACCGCAAGCACACCGAGAGACGGGUGGCCAGUUGGGCCGUGUGCUUCGAGAGGCUGCUGCAGGACCCUGUGGGCGUCCGCUACUUCUCGGAGUUUCUGAAGAAGGAGUUCAGUGAGGAGAAUAUCCUGUUCUGGGAGGCCUGUGAGUUCUUCAGCCAUGUGCCAGAGAACGACAAGAAACAGCUCUCCCAGAGGGCCAGAGAGAUCUACAACAGCUUCCUGUCCAGUAAGGCCACCACACCGGUCAACAUCGACAGCCAGGCCCAGCUGGCUGAUGACAUCCUCAACGCCCCCCGGCCCAACAUGUUCAAGGAGCAGCAGCUACAGAUCUUUAACCUGAUGAAGUUUGACAGCUACACGCGCUUCCUCAAGUCUCUGCUGUACCAGGAGUGCAUGCUGGCCGAGGUGGAGGGCCGGCCCCUGCCUGACCCCUACCACGUCCCCAGCAGCCCCACCCCCACCUCCAGACACAGCACCGGCUCCGACCGCUCCAACCUCUCCACGCCCAAAAAGGACGACAAGAAGACCAAGUCGGUUCGUACACUCAACGAGGAGAGCAGAGACGAGCUGGUGGACAAGAAGAAGAACCCCUUCUUCUCCUGGUCCAGGAAAGGGGCAAGCUUCGGCAAGGGGACCAAAAAACGAGACCUGGCCGACUUCAACUUGAAUUUCUCGGGCAGCAAUGGUCGCCGGGAGUCUCAGGGGUCCUUGUCGUCGGGGGCCAGUCUGGAACUGGGAACAUCAGGGUCUGGGAAGAACGAGGUAGCGGAGCGAGGCGCCAGUCUGCCUCUGAGGCAUUGCAACAUCAGCCUGCCUGACGGCUCGUGCUGCCCGGUGCCUCUGCGGUCUGGGGUCUCCAUCCGGGAGCUGCUGCUGGGCCUGUGUGAGAAGCUCUGCAUCAACCUCGCCGCCGUCGACCUCUUCCUGGUGGGCGGAGACAAGCCUCUGGUUUUGGACCAGGACUGUAUGACACUGUGUUCUCGGGACCUGAGACUGGAGAAGCGUACACUCUUCAGACUGGACCUGGUUCCUAUCAACCGCUCUGUGGGUCUGAAGGCCAAGCCCACCAAGCCUGUCACCGAGGUCCUCCGCCCCGUGGUGGCCAAGUACGGCCUGCACCUCUCGGACCUGGUGGCACGCAUCAGUGGGGAGACUGAACCACUAGAUCUAGGUCUUCCUAUAUCAAACCUAGACGGACUCAGAGUUGUGUUGGAUGCAGCAGACCACAGCCCUGGAACAGAUAAACAGAAACUCGCUCCUUCUAAAAGCCACGCCCCCCCACCCACGACAACCAGGAACCAAUCAACAACAGGGGACGAGCAGCCGCCAGGGAAACCACAGGGGGAGAACGGCAAGUCCGGCCCCGGGCCGGUGCGAGACUCCGGCCCCCAGGCCAGCCGCGCCCCUGCGGCCCUCGAUAGGAACCCCCUGGAAAAGAGAAAGCAGAAAAAGAUAAAUAUAGACGAAGCGGAAGAGUUCUUCGACCUCAUAUCCAAAGCACAGAGCAACAGAGCAGACGACCAGCGAGGUCUGCUGAACAAGAGCCACCUCCAGCUGCCGGACUUCCUGCGCCUGGCUCCUCCGGCUGGCCCUGCCGCCCCGCCUGCCUACAGGGCACAACCCACCUGCUCCACCCCUCACUCCCGCAGUGACAACGGCUUCCCCGGGAACGGUCGGCAGGGCGACAGGGAGAAAAACGGCAGCGACCGAGGAGGAGGAGCGAGCUCCUCCCUCAAUGCGAGCCACCAAUCGCAGAGCUUGGACUCUUCGCUGGGCAGCGGGAGAGGAGGAGGUGGAGGAGAGCGGCGUGGCGCGGGCGGGCACCACAGACCAUCUCCCCCCUUCCCCAGCGCCCUGUCCCCCAUCCAGCCCCUGAGCUGGGGGGGCCCCCAGUCCCCCGACCCCCGCUGUCAGGCCUCGGUGCAGGUGCUCCAGGAGGACGCCCUCUCCGACCUCACCCUGGUGGGCGAGGGGGACAUCGACAGCCCCAGCCUCACCCUGGUGCCUCCCUCGCCCCUGUCCCCCGCCUCCUCCUCUGCCCCCCAACCCCCUCACCACCGGCACGGCUGGCCCAGCUCAGGUACCUCCCCUGUGUGAACUGUAAACUUUCACCCGGCCUCCCCUUGGUCCCUCAUAAGGCUAUUGCCCCCCCCCCCCCCCCCGGACCUGAACCUACACCCUCCUACCUGUGUGUGUGUGUGUGUGUGUGUCUCUCUCGGUCAGUCCCAGGUCAGUGCCUAGUCCAUAGGCCGCUAUGCACUUGUAUACAUUGGUGGGGAUUUGAAAGGUGCAAGUACAUUUGAACUAGGUCGGCAAUUCUAUUGGAUGAUUUGAAAUGCCAGCUUCUAAAGCCCUGGUGUUUGAUCAGGUCUGUCUGGAGGUUCAGCAUCACGCACCAGGUCAGUGAGAGGAUGGGAAAUAGUACUUCCACCCACGUCUGUGGAAAUGUAUCUACUCCCACAUUACUGACUUCCUGUCCAGUCCCCUAAGAUAUCUACAAAGGCCUAGCGUGUAGGCUUAGAGGUUGGUGUGGGACUGAGCCUGUGUGUGUUUGUGUGUGUGUGUGUGUGAUCCCCAGAGUGGACUAGCUGUGCCAACGUUCUCUCAACCCCCUCCUCCAUGUACAUCAUCUAAUGUUGCACUUUAGCCAACUACAACCAUCAGCAGACAUCCACAGUCUUUGUCUUUUUCUGUGUUUUUUGUUGUAUAGUUUUUCCACUAAUUUCAAUCCUAUAAAUGGGGUAAAGUCAGUUGAAGCAAUACCAUGUUAGUACCCUGUUUAUUCUGUAGGUAGGGUGCAAUGCCAGUGUGUGCUGUGUAGGUAGCAGGGCGUUGUUUAGGACAAGGCCGAGGUUAGGCUCAGUGUGUGAAGGGGACCAUGCCGCUGAGUUGCCGCCUGCCUGAUCACACACGCACACACACACACGCUCAGUGUUAGAAGAACAGCUGAAGGCGUUAGACGUCCCGGGUCUCCACCACUGCGCUCAGCGUUAUCGCCCAAGGCUGGCCUCGUGUCCGCUUUUCCACAAAAGGUGGGAACAACAAGGCAGGACACGCACACACACACACAUGCCCUCUUAAAUGAGAAAAGUGUAUGCGUGCGUGAGUUGUGUGUGCUUAACACACUCCAGGUCUGUUCUUUCCACCCUCCAACCUCUCCUUAUUGGCCCUUAUCUAAACCUUUGACUGCAGCUAGGUUUGACUAUCUACCCACUGUCCUCCAUCUUGGCAACAAUACCCAGUUCAUCAUGGCUUCCAGCCGACAGCCACAAACCUGCUUUUGAAAACAAGUCAAUGUCUUUAUUUGGAUUUGUACUUUAUCUUGUAAUAUAUUCCUGAGAAAGUUAAUUUAUCCAAUUUUUGUUUACUGUUCUUUUUAUAAUAGUGUAUCUAUAUUCAAGUUUUAGCAACUAAUUUUGUACAUAGUUUUGUCAUUUUAAAACACUGUAAUCACUGCUGAACCGAGACCCUAUUCAGCCUCUCCCCGCUUACGUUUGGAAGUAGAAAACCAGUUCUAUUCGGCUAUAUUCUAUUCUGUUCCACUGCAACGUAAGACACACAGCUGUACAUAGACCUAAUAAAUGGUAUGGGGUGAAAAUCACUCUCACUACUAUA